CGGAGCAGGCGUCGGGACAGGACGGGACAGAGCGGUGCUGUGAGGAGCCCCCGCACAGCGCACUCGUUCGUGUCCGACCCGGAGCUUUUCUGAGGCGUUGUUCCUGCAGGUGACCUUGCGGCAAGACUGCGGGACUUGGUGGCCCGUGGCCUUCCCGAGGUUUCUCUUUUGCAGGUGCCCUUGAGGACUUGUGGACUUGGAGUUUUCCCAAGCCAUCUCCAGAAGGUGCCCUUGAGGCAAGAUUCUGGAAUGGCGGGCAGAUUACUUAACCUCUUCAAGGUCUUCAGACCAAAAAAAAAGAAAGGCCCUGAAGCUGGCCCAGCACAACAGCCUGAAGAACCAGAGCAGUUCCAGACACGGCAGGAUGAUGCAUCCCUGGACGGGACACAAGUGCAGAAACCCGGCCGUGGCCGCUUCCGCAGAACCCUGAAGAUGUUCCGGAAGUUUCUGCAAGUUCAGCGCAGAGAGACCGGGACCAGUGCAGCUGAGGGCCCCGCCGAGCCUGACUCGGGGCUGACCGAGCUCCAGGCUCCAUGUCAGGAAGAACAUCAGGAAGAGCCUGAUGUCAGCCUGGGUUCAGCUGAGCACGCACAAGACUCUGACACCACAAUGAAUGAGGACAGAGCAAAAGCAGACAAGGCAGUGACUGAGGACGUGGCCAUCACAAAUGCCAACACUGGAGAGACUGAGGCCACUGCAAAUACUGAUAGCACGCCCACUCCGACUCUGAUUCAGGAAUUAGUACCAGAGUAUUUCAGGGACCCUUGUUUUUCUUCUCAGGAGACGCUAAGCAUCCUGGGGUCAGGCCUGGAGGCCUCCCAGGAUUUUAUGCCCCCUCAAGCCAUGGUCACUGGGGCCCCUCAGCCUUUGAGGCCAGCACAGUGUGGCGAGAAUGGAAGCUGGGGAAGUUGCUCCCUUGAAGAGCGCUCCAAGUUUCCCCCAAAUGUCCUCCAGGUGCCAGCCAUUGUUAUGAACAUCCACCAGACGCUGGCGUCCCAUGACACUGUGGCCGCCAGGCUGAAAAUUGACAUUGUGAGGCUGGCUGAAGAACACCCCGCAGACGUGGUGCUGACCCUCCUGCGCUGUGCCCCAACGUGUGACAGAGCUGCUGCAAUCAUGUGGAAAACCAUAGGGUCAUUGGGACCAGCAGUGAAGAAAGUGCUGCCAACACUGCUGUGUGUGAUGGAGGACUGGCCUGUGCACAGCGCAUCCACCUCCGAUGGGGAUGACACAGAUGUCUUUGCCCUGGCUGCAACUCUGGUGAUCUGGGUGAUUGUCCAGGUGCCUGAGUGCCACGAGGCCAUGAUCCUUCAUUCUUCCCGCCUGUUUGUGGCUCUGCUCUUCCAUAUUGUCAUCACCACACAGCAGAUGCCACCAGCGGAAGCUGGGCAUUUCUGGAAAGAAUGUCAAGAAGAACAUCGCCUUACCAUCAACCCCAGCAGGUUUGCAGUGCAGACCAUGAAGGCUCUACUCUACCAACUGCAGUGUGACAAUGUGGUGAUGGCUAUGGAGCGCAAGCGUGGCUGGGACACGCUGCUGCGUGCUCACACCCAGCACUAUGCCGUGGGUCUGCUGGCCAGAGAGAUGCGCCGUAACUUGGUCCCUUUGUGUUGUCGCAUCGCACUCCACUUGCUCCGGCAUCUCACUAAGCAGGACCCAUACUGGGAUCUGCCCUUCCUGGCAUUCCUUGUGGAGGUCCUCGAGUGCCUGGACUUGAGGGAAUGUGGUGGCAGUGUGCUGAAGGUCUUGUCAAGGUUCCUGUACAGCAAGUGCAGGGAGCAGCGUCGCCUGGCACUCAAAGGCCUCGUGGUGCUCAGCAAGAAUCCCUCAAUGGCCAGAAGAAUGGGCAGUCUGUCUCCAAGGCUUCUGGAGCUGCUGGAUGAUGCAGAUGGAGAGGUGGUCAGCAUGAGCCUCCGUGUUUUCACUAAUGUUCUCCAGCACAAAGAUAUCCUGGUAUCCAGCACCACUGCCCCACAGCUGGCUGAGGCACUCCUGCUGCUCUUUGACCAUGACAACAGCCAUAUCCAAUUGCUCUCCAUUCAACUCUUCCGUAAAGUGAUGGAACUGGUAGAGGAUGAGGGGAAAAAGCCCCUGAAGACAAUUGUGAACAAGAGCCUCUACACACUUUUAAUUUACUGUCAUGAUGAGAACUGGGACGUGGCGGAGGCCUCUCGGGAAACACUGCUUCGAGUGGCCGAGUUCCUGAAGAGAAGGGAUCUCGAACAGUUCCUGAAGAAGCAGCCGCCCUUGAAAGUCGAUGAGGGCCCGCUGGCAGAGGACACGAGCCGAGCGGCCGAGCACCAGCGCCGGGUCCUGCGCUGCCUGCAGAGCCUACAGGAGUCCCUGCGAGAGGCGGCCUUCAGGAUCAUGGGGAUGCCCGGGCGGCGCCUGAGGAGGCAGCAGGAAGAGCUCCAGCUCAUCUGGAAUGCCCUUCAAGCCCGGAGGCAAGGUGCCAGCCCAUCGUCCUCUAACCUGGAAAACCAAGCCCAAUUUCCCCAAACAGCUGGAGAAGUAGGGACAUCAUCUGGAUCCAGUGAACCAGUGUCCCAAGAACAGCACCAGGAGACACUGAAGAGGACAUCACCUCUCAGCACAGCUGGAGCUCCAGGCACAGCCGACGCUGGGCAAAGAUCUCCUGGCUUCAGCCCUCUCCCUGCCUGUAGCUAGCUCCCUCCCUCCCUGCCUCCCUCCCUGCCUCCUUCCCUCCAGCCCUCAGACAUUGCCCAUCCCCGUUUUUCUCUUCACUAUUCCUCCCUUUUCAUAGCUCUGCCCCACCAGCCCUCUAGCUAUCCAGGUCCUUUUCUUCCCUGCACUCUCCCUACCUGUUGAUGGCUCUGUCCCUCCAGCCCUCAGACACUGCCCAUCCCCACUUUCUCCCUUCCAGUUCAUCUCUUUGCUUCGCCUGCCAUUAAUAAACAGUUUGGCUUCUUCA